AUGGCUUCCAGACCAAACUUCACGUUGGCCUGUUAUCGAGCGCUCUCCUGUGUCGCUUUGGAUCCGUCUCAACCAAACCGUUACAAGAACACAGAAGUGGGGAGCGCAUACGAGACAAGAGACGGGGACUUUUUUGAUGCUCGGACGCCGUGGGGAUGGGGGCUUACGGUUCCACUCAUCCACACGUUCACAUAUGGUCCACGGAGCCGAGGAUAA